UGCUGCCAAUAAAACUGAUGUUUUCCAUAAAAUUUGACUUGAAGGAGACUUAGAGGUACAGCUUCUACUUGACAGGAAUGUGGAAGGCAGGCUGCAAAGAAGUUGCUAAAUAUACAUACUUAGCACUUGAAGAAAUUCUCAGGGAACCUCAAAUCCCAGCUGAUUCCAAGAAAGCCAAGGGACUAGGGAUCUGCCAGCCUCUUCCUGUUUCUCAGAGCAAUUUGUGUCAAGGCAUGCCCUCUGCUGCGACGGAUUGCUGGUAGGGAAAUGCCCAAUCAGUGGAAGUUCUCUGCAGCAUGCUGAGGAGACGUAACCUUCUCACCACACUUCUGAUUGCUUUGCCAUGGGGUCUUCUCCUAACUUUGUGGCAUCAGUAUCCAACAACCCGCUAUCUGAGCCUUCUAAGAAAGGAAACAGAUGAAAAUGGCACAGCCAAGUCACUCUUCAAUGGGACAUCUCUAGUGAGGGAGGAUGGGCUUGCAUCAUGUACUCGACAGCCAGCAAUUGGGACAGCUCCCAAAAUAAUCCGGAAUUAUGUGUACUCUAGGCCUCCCCCAUGGUCAGACACAUUGCCUGCCAUAUUUGUGAUCACACCUACCUACACUCGACCAGUACAGAAGGCUGAGCUGACCCGACUGGCGAAUACUUUCCUUCAUGUACAGAACCUCCACUGGGUAGUGGUGGAAGACUCUCCUAGAAGAACCAACCUGGUGUCCAAUCUACUGGAGAAAACAGGGAUUCAUUUUACUCACCUAAAUAUUGAGACUCCUAAGAGUCUGAAAUUAGGUUUGUCCUGGAUUUCAUCUUACACUCCCAGGGGUACAUUCCAGAGGAACCUUGGACUGCAUUGGCUUAGGGAAAGUUUUAGCACCACACCAGCACCUGAAGGUGUAGUAUACUUUGCAGAUGAUGAUAAUACCUAUAGCCUGGAGCUAUUUGAAGAGAUGCGUUACACAAAGAAGGUAUCUGUCUGGCCAGUUGCUUUUGUUGGUGGUCUCAGGUAUGAAUCCCCCAAAGUGAGUCCAGCAGGCAAAGUUGUUGGUUGGAAGACUGUGUUUGAUCCUAACCGGCCUUUUGCCAUUGACAUGGCUGGCUUUGCCAUCAGCAUAAAACUGAUUUUGGAGAAACCACAGGCCAGUUUCAAGUUGGAUGGAGUGAAAGGAGGCUACCAAGAAACUAGUUUAUUAAAGGAUCUGGUGACAAUGGAUGGGCUAGAGCCGAAAGCUGCCAACUGCACAAAGGAUACUGCUGUAUCUAUAAUGAGUCUAAAAAUAAACCAGGUUUUGGUCUGGCACACAAGGACUGAAAGGCCAACACUAGUUAAUGAAGGCAAACGUGGAUUCACAGACCUAAGGGUAGAAGUGUAGAUAACUUGUUUUUUGCUAUAGCAACUUCUUGCACACCUAUCUAUGAUCAGCAGGAUACUGAUGCAACAAUCAAGAAUAACAUCCAUAUUUGUAUUG